AUGUUGGAUAGACAUAAUCGUCAUGUCAAAGCUUUCAGGACGGUACGAGAUAAGUUUGGAAGUCUUGGGGAUACCAGUGGUUUACGGUUAAAACUAGAAUAUGAUAGAACAUCAGAUGGACGUACUACUAAUUUUCCAACUGCAAAAGAAGUUGCUGCGUUGGUACCUAAUGAUUUCGAUGUUGGAAUCGAAACACGAGAUAUAGUUAUUGAAAGUAGGUCCGGAAGAUUGAAGAGAAUCAGUGAAUUGCAUCCUGCUUAUUUGCCUUUACAAUAUCCAUUGUUGUUUCCAUAUGGUGAAGAUGGAUUUAGACUCGGUAUAGAUAUUGGAUAUGUAGAUAAGAAGGGGAGGAAACGUUUGAAGAUUACUAUGAGAGAGUUCUUUGCAUUUAGGGUUCAAGAGAGGUUUGGAGAAUCUUCAACAAUUGUAAUGUCCAGAAGAUUGUACCAGCAGUUUUUGGUUGACGCGUUCACGAUGAUCGAGACGAAUAGACUUCGCUUCAUAUCAAUGAAUCAACAGAAACUUUGA